CUAUUCAGCGUUGAUGGCUUAUACACAAACUAAAGCAAUCGAUGGUUAACUAAACAUUAGGUCGUUCUUUGUUCUAACCAAAGUUAAUUCAAAAACAAUAAUGCUUUUGCAAUAACGGUACUCGCUUCAAUUCCAAGGUAAAUUAAUUAAUUCGACGCAAAUGUUGUUAUAUAAAAAACGUGACACAAGUUGAUACGAGCGUCCACGCGUUUUGCUCAGAGGUUUUCUUCAAGAGAUAAAGUUGAUGCCGCAAACCUUCCUGGAUUCUGCUUCGCGUAACAAUGAAAACUGCCUAUAAAAAAUGCAUCCCCACGUUUUUUCUCUACAGUUAACAACAUGGCUUCACAAUUAGUAAUUCUGUUCGGUUUAAUCCUGUUCUUUGCUGCAUCAGGAUACAGCUAUUCGAUACAAAGUAUAUCAUGCUUGAAAUGUCCUCAAAAUGAGGUGGUGAUACGACAUGACCUUUGCUGUGAGCCGACCUGCGAUGACGAUUGCUCUGACGGUUCUUGUAGGUAUUAUCCUUCGGUUGGUCCCAACUGUGUCUGUAAGAGUGGAUACGUUCGCUACCGAGGCCGUUGUAUUCGAAGAAAGCAAUGCCCAAAACCGUGUCCCACAAAUACACCGUGCUCUUGUAACACAACAACCGAGGCUACUCCUUGCAACGUCACCCCUGAACCCUGUUCAACGACACCAACGCCAACCACAACACCUACUCCGUGCGAUACAACUCCCACUCCCACUACAACGCCCGCUCCGUGCGAUACAACGACCACACCACAACCUUGUGUAACAACUUCCAUGCCUUGUAAUACGACCAGUAAUUCGUGCGAACCGGCAGAGCCAUGCAUCCUUUUAGAAGAGCAGAUUCCAGUAGUCAGAUUCUGUCCACCGCAUUCCACCUAUCAGUCGUGCACACCAUGUUGCCAACAAACGUGCCAGCAGGAUUGUGCAACAGUCAGAUGCGUGGCAGGCUGCAGCGGUGAACCGACGUGCGUUUGUGACGAAGGUUACGUCAAAUACAACAGACGUUGUGUUCCGAAAUCGUUCUGCUCGUUUGACAGAUUCGGUCUGUUCCAAACAAGCUUGGAAAAGUGAACACAUUUGGAUGAUUUUCUCGAACUAAUUUUUGAUUCAAUAACUGAUAACUCACCAAGCAUUGAAACAAUUAAUCAUUCAAUAAGGAGAAAAGCUGUAAAAUAACUGAAAAAUACUGCGAAUAAAAUAACUUUUUUAAUGUAAAGAAACAAAAACUUGUCAGAA